AUGCUUGGGAGGAAUGUUGAGCCACCAGAUAUUGUUAAGCCUUUGAUGUUGACAAUAUCGCCAAAGACAUGGAAAUUACUUGACACGGAAAAAGCUAUUAUCAAUGAAACUAUAAGAUCAAUUUCAAUUCCAGAGCACAGUGAAAUGUUAAGCUUGGUGCAAUAUAAAGUAUGGGAUGCUAAGAUCGACUCGUACUCUUUUUCUAGCAGUGGUAUAUCCUUUAUGAAAUUUGAUAGCGGAAUUUAUCUCAAGAUAGAAGGAGUCAAAUUCCACGCUAGCGCGAGAAUAGAAGUAGGAAUCGUAAACAAUAGUUGGAUACAAUGGCUACCACUUUCUAGCUUGAGAGGUGGCAUAAACAUAGCUUCUUAUAAUGUGGGGCUCAAAGCCAAAAUGGUGUGGGACGACUUCAAGUUUACCCCCAAUAUCUCCAUAAAGUCAAACAUAAGGCUUACUUUCACCAAUCACUUUGAAAUUUUGAACACCGUCGAACCGCUGCUGAAAGAUAUGAUUGCUAAGAUAAUCGACAAGAAAGUGGCAGAAGAGCUUAAUGAGGCAGUAAAGAACUUCGUCAAUCCUCAUUUACAGCAGCUAAAAGACAAGGUGUCACAUGCCGGUUACGGUUUUCUAAUCAAAGGCCCUAUGAAAUGGACGGUGCAGAACAGUACUCUACAAAUUACUUUUAGAGGACGUGCAAUUGGUACCAUGCAAGCGGACAUCUGGACGCUGGGCGGGUUAAAACUUUCCCUCGAGCAAACGAUGAAUUUUGAUCAUGAAUUUGAGCGUUAUCUUGAAGUACAUGAGAAGAAUUAA